GCGCGGGAGCGUGGGUCGUGCUGGAUGAGCUCAACCUUGCUCCGAGUGAGGUGCUGGAGGGAAUCAACAGGUUACUUGAUGAUAAUCGCGAGAUUCACAUUGCGGAGACUAACACAACCGUUGUCCCCGAUCCCGACUUUGUCGUAUUCGCCACGCAGAAUCCCGCUGGGGGAGACUAUGGAGGGAGGAAGCAGCUGUCGAGGGCUCUCAGGAACCGUUUCACGACGAUGUGGAUCGACUCGCUAUCUUCUGAUGAGCUUCGAGCUAUAUUGCAGCACAAGUGCCAACUGGCUCCUUCGAUCGCGGCAGCUAUGGUGAAGGUGUAUGAGGACCUGAGAGCCCAUCGGAAUGUUGACGCUCUCCUUGCUGGAGGGGGAACGGAUCUGAUCACGAUCAGGGACAUACUGCGUUGGGCUCACAGGAAGCCUGGCACCAUGGAAGAGUGUGGCCUUGAGGGUUGGUGCCUGCUGGGCGAGAGGUUGCGUCAUGAAGACCAGCGUAGUGAGGUGGCUAAGGCUAUUGCGAAGCACUGCAAGACUUACGGCGUGACGGCUGCCUCUUACUUGGAGACCAACUAUCGGGAAGAUCCCUAUGUUCUGGAAAUACAGAAAAGUGGUGGUGGCUCGGGACUAGUGUGGACGGAGACUAUGUGCCGCAUGGUGGCUCUGGUCGGCCGCUGUGCGAGGAACGGGGAGUCGGCGCUUCUGGUGGGCGAGACCGGCACGGGAAAGACGACGGUCGUGCAAACAGUUGCAGACUUCCGGCGCAUCAAGUUGGAGAUCGUGAACUGCCAUCAGCACACGGAGCCUGCAGACUUCCUUGGCGCGAUGAGGCCGACGGCUGGCAAGAAGGACGUUCGAGGACUGAUCAAAGCCAAGGCCAAACGGAUGUGUGAUCUGGUCGGCCGAGAUGUCGAUGAGGAGCAGUCCGUCGCUAUAGUGCGGGAGAUUGUGAACGAGUAUGAGCUCGAGAGUGAUGAGAAUAGUGAAGAUCCGCCCAGUCCGAAGAGAGCUCGGGUGAGGUCUGAGUUAAGAGCUCUGUGGAGGGAAAUAGCAGACUUGCGAGCUGAUGUGAAUCACGAUCGGAGCAUAGAUCACGACUUGUUCGCCUGGCAAGACGGUCCUGUAACAAGAGCUAUGCGCGGCGACGGUCACUGGGUGUUGCUCGAUGAGGCCUCCUUAGCCACUGAUGCUGUUCUGGAGCGGCUAAACUCGGUUCUGGAGGCAGGUGAAAGGAGUGUGAUGCUUGCUGAGAAGCCCGGUGGAGAAGUUGUUGUCGGCGGGGAUAAGUUCAGUUUGAUGAUGACCAUGAAUCCUGGUGGGGACUUCGGCAAGAGAGAGCUCAGUCCGGCGCUGAGGUCGCGUAUGACUGAGAUCUGGGUCAAGGCUCUCGACUAUGCCGAUGAGAAUGACGAUUCUGAGGCCAGCAGGCUCAUACGGAAGCUCCUGAGCGACGAGGCGAAGUCACUGAUGCCGUCCAUUCGUCGAGCUGUCGC